UUCUUAAAUUCAAGAAAAUAAAUAAAUAAAUAAAUAAACAAAAGAUAAAACCCUGAUGUCUCCACUGCCUCUAAUCCUUCUCCUUUUAGCUACUCAUCUCAUUUUGGCUGCCUCCUCACGUGUCGCCGGAGGAACUUUAGCACGUGACAUAAGAAAACCACUUCGCCGGAGUGGUUUCCCGCCGGGGUUUGUGUUCGGAACGGCGUCUUCAGCUUACCAGUAUGAGGGUGGUGCAAAAGAGGGUGGUAGAGGGCCAAGCAUGUGGGAUGCUUUCACCCAAGAUCAUCCUGAAAAAAUAGCAGAUGGCAGCAAUGGGGACGUGGCACUUGACUUCUACCAUCGUUACAAGGAAGAUGUGAAUCUCAUGAAAGAAAUGGGUGUGGAUGCCUUCAGAUUUUCAAUCUCAUGGUCUAGGAUCCUUCCAAAUGGAAAUCUUAGUGGGGGAAUCAACAAAGAAGGGAUCCAAUUUUACAACAAUCUCAUCAAUGAGCUCAUUUCCAAAGGGUUAAAACCAUUUGUGACUAUUUUCCAUUGGGACGUCCCACAAGGUCUUCAAGACCAAUAUGGAGGCUUUCUUAGUCCACUUAUUGUGGAGGACUUCAAGCAAUUUUCAAAUAUAUGUUUUCAAGAAUUCGGAGAUAAAGUUAAACAUUGGAUAACGUUGAAUGAAGCAUACAUUUUCUCCACGGGGGGUUAUGCUUCAGGUUUUCUAGCCCCUGGUCGGUGCACCCCUGGGCAAGGCUCCAAUUGCUUCAGUGGUGACUCUGGCAAAGAGCCUUAUAUUGUUGCACACCACCUACUUCUAUCUCAUGCAGCUGCUGCAAAUCUAUAUAAAACUAAAUAUCAAGUAUCUCAGAAGGGUAAAAUAGGGAUUACGCAUGCAGUGACAGGGGGAGUGCCACUCUCUAAUUCCAAGUCUGAUAUUGAUGCUACCAAGAGAUACCUUGAUUUUAGUUAUGGAUGGUUUAUGGAUCCAUUGACCUAUGGUGAUUACCCCUUCAUAAUGAAGAGCAUUGUUGGAGAGAGGUUGCCAAAGUUCACCAAGGAGCAAUCCAAAUCAAUCAAAGGAUCAUUUGAUUUCAUUGGACUAAAUUAUUACACUUCAAACUAUGUUUCCAAUGUUCCCUUUUCUCAAAAUCAAAUGAACAGUUAUUUAACUGAUUCCUUCACUAAUUUGACAGUUGAGAAAAAAGGAAUCCCAAUUGGACCAGUGGCUGGUUCAUCAUGGCUACAUAUAUACCCAAAAGGUAUACAAAAUGUUUUAGAAUACACACAGAGUGAAUACAAUGAUCCAGUCAUCUAUAUCACAGAAAAUGGAGUUGAUGAGGUUAACAAUGAAACAAUGCCUCUUCAAGAAGCCCUCAAGGAUGACACUAGGAUCCACUACUACCAACAGCAUCUACACUAUGUCCAAAAAGCCAUAAGAAAUGGAGUAAACGUGAGAGGAUACUUCGCAUGGUCUUUGUUGGAUGAUUUUGAAUGGAACUCAGGUUAUACUAUAAGAUUCGGUAUUCACUAUACUGACUAUAAGAAUGGCUUGAAGCGAUACCGAAAAAGUUCGGCUUAUUGGUUCGAAGAAUUUCUCAAGAACUAAGAACACAAUAUUAAAUACAAUAUCAAAUGGAAUUAACUAUGGCAUGAAAUGUGAGAAUACUCUUUAAUAGCACGCUAGAAAUAUGGCAUGUAUUAGUAAUAAUAAAAAGAUCUGUUUAUUUUUGUA